AUUGAAUAUGAAUGCUCAUUCAAGAAGAAAAAUAGCUCAUUUGGAAGUUCCAGAAGUAUAAGAUAACCAAACAAUGAUUGCAUAUGCUAAAUGCUAAUUUUGUUUAGGAGAAUGUUUUGGUUGUUUAAGAACCUGGAUUCCUUGUAUUUUUUGUAUGUGUGUUAAUUAUCCAUACUAAGAAGUUCAAUAAGGUUAAUAAUUCCUAUCUAAUCUUUAGGUACUGAAGGAUUGUUCAAAAGAUUUGGAAGACACAUUAAAGUAGUUAGACCAGGAUUACAUUAUGUUAAUCCAUGUACAGAUACAUUAGAACAAUUAGACUUAAGAAUUACUGUUAUAGAUUUAGAUAGAUAAGUAAUAUCUAUUUAAUAUUAUUUAGUCUGUUAUGACCAAAGAUAAUGUAACCAUUUCCAUAGAUGCAUCUGUUUAUUAUAGAAUCAAAACUUCUCGAUUUGCUGUUUAUAGAGUGGAGAACUAUGAUUAAGCAGUUCGUCAAAUUACUUAUGCUGUCCUCAAAAACACAGUAGGAUCCUUUAUACUUUAAGAUUUACUAGAGAAAAGAUAGGAAGUUGCAGAUUAAAUUGAAGAUCAGGUUGAUGAAUAUGUGAAAGAUUGGUAUAUAGAAUAAUUAUAAUAGGGGUGUAUUAAUUGAUAACAUAUAUAUGAAAGACAUAUAAUUGUCUUCUGAUCUCCAAUAAGCACUAGGUUCAGCAGCCACUGAAUAAAGAUUAGCAUAAGGAAAGUUGAUAAGUGCUAGAGCAGAUGUGGAAUCAGCCAAGUUGAUGAGAUAAGCAUCUGAAUUUUUAGAUUCUAAAACUGCCAUGUAAGUAAGAUAUUUAGAAACAUUACAACAAUUGGCUGGUAGUAAUGGAACUAAAGUAUGUUUUGUACCAGAUGAAAAAAACUAAGAAAAAUUAAUGCAUCAAAUAACUCAAGGAUUAUUAGCAUGAAGAUAU